AUGGCGGCCGGAUCCAUAGUCGCGUUGGGCAGUUGCACCCAGAAAGCCUCUUCUGCGCUCCCAAAACGGUUUGCAUUUGAUUGUUAUAGUGGUGCUGGUGGCAUUGGUAAACAUAGUCGCGCCGACUAUUUUUUUGACGACGACGACGACUUCGAUAACGACUUCUACGACGACGACUAUUACUCUUCUGACGACGACCACGUUCACUCCGAGGACCCGUCCUCGCUCACAUUCGAUAAUUCUACUUCCGCCAGCUAUCCGACCAUGCUUCGCUCUUCCCUUCGUUCCUCAAGAGCUCUCUCGUCGUUAUCCCGCCAGGCUGCUGUUGCCGCUGCGCGAGACCUGAGAGACCAUUUCCCUUCACGGCAUACCCUCGAAAACAGCCUUCAUACUCUUGCAUUAUCUCCCUCAUCGCGGCCGUCGGUGAAUUCUUCCUCUUCUUCAUCCUUUUCUUCCUCUCCGACUUCUUCACGAAUAGGCAUCGCCCCGCAGAAUCUUUUCCUCCUCCCACCGUUCCUAAAAAGCACACCUUCCCCCGGUCCAUCGUACACGAACCGCGCCACCGAUAAUGAUCCAGAGGCCCCUCCGAUCCCGACGAAUGCUACCGAAUCAACGGUAAUAACCGAUUCCUCUGAUCCGAAUGCCAGUCGGUUUUUUCAAUACGGUGUCAGUGUUUCAUAUGUAUCGAAAUCGAAACGAUGGGAUCCCGCGAAUACGUUUAAUUUUAGUCCGUAUAAACGGGUUUCUUUUGAAGAGGAUUGGGCGUUGAGGAAGAAGGCGAGGCCGAAGACUGGGCAGGAUGCAUUUUUUGUUAGUAGGGUUAGUGAUACUGGAGCUGUGGCUUUUGGAGUGGCCGAUGGUGUGGGAGGGUACUCCAUGAGUGGAAUUGAUUCAGCAGACUUCUCACAUACAUUAUGUGAAGAUAUGGCAGAGAUAUCGUAUCAUUCGGAGGUACCGAUGAGGGCGGAUAUGUUGAUCGAAGCCGGUUACAUCUCAGCGUGCAGUAAUCCCAACGUCCUGGGAGGAGGGAGUACAGCAUGUGUAGCAAUUGCAAAACCAGAUGGAACAAUGGAGGCUGCAAAUCUAGGUGAUUCCGGCUUUGUAAUCCUUCGUGGUGGAAGAGUCCAUCAUACCUCUCAACCACAAACCCAUGCCUUCAAUACUCCCUUCCAACUCUCGGUUAUCCCAUUGGAAGUCAUCGAACAGGCCCGGAAAUUUGGUGGUCCGAUUCCUAUCAGUGACCGGCCCCGAGAUGCCCACGUUGAUAUCCAUGAUCUCCAGCACGGUGAUGUUCUAAUCUUCGCCACAGAUGGGUUGUGGGAUAACGUAUCCGCCCAAGAUGUAUUACGAUUGGUAUCGAAUGAAAUGGUAUCAGCAGGGGGGUGGAUAGAAACACCAGAUCAUGGUAUACAAAUCGGAGAGGAUCUAUCAAGACUUGUGGAUGAAGAUGGAGAGAAGACUUCGCUUCAGGGGAUUAUUGCUAAGAAGGUUGCGUCUAAGGCGAAGGAUAUGAGUGUUAAUAGUAAGGUUGAUGGACCGUUUGCGAAGGAGGUUAGAAGGUAUUUCCCGGGAGAGGUGUAUCAUGGGGGGAAGAGGGAUGAUAUUUGUGUACUUUGCUGUGUGGUCGUUGAGUGGGCUGUCCCGACUCCUAAGUCUGAAAAGGCAGAGGCACCGGUAGAAGAUGCUGAGAAGCAGAUCGAGGCGGCACCAGAGACGCCAAAGACACCAGAACAACAACCACCUACCACCCCUCCAUCACCACAAAUACCUCCAGUUGAAGAAGUCCCACCUCCUCAGAAGGAAGAGGCUAUCUCUGCGUUUGCCGCAGACCACCUACGAGGACUCCCCGGUGGCGGUGGACCAGGUGCUCCUUCUCCAAGAUUAUAA